AAAAAAAUCCCUCAAGCACUCUAUCAAAAAUCGUCUUCUUCACAUCGAAGACAUAAGGACGUUUAUCAAGGAAACGGAAGCCAUCGUUAACACAAGACCUCUGACCUAUGUUACUGAUGAAGUGGACUAUUUCCCACUACGCCCUACUGAUUUCCUUCGUCCAAAUGCACAACUCUCCGGACCUUACCCUCAAGACGUUGACUGGACCCACUCAUGCGAACUAUUGAAGAACUUCUGGGAGCGAUGGGUAAUGGAAUAUCUCACCUCGUUGCGUGAGCAAUACAAAAAUGAUCACUUCAUCACACGAACGCACGAAACCGAUCCUCCCAAGAAAGGAGACUAUGAGCUCAUAAACGAUCCCAACCUCGAUCGAGGACAAUGGAAAAUGGGUCAAAUCGUCGGAUCCCGGGACGAAUUCAAACGAUCAGUGGAAAUACGACUACCAUCGAGAAAAGUGAUAACAAGACAUCAUAAUCUGAUCUACAAAAUGGAAAUACCUCACACUGAUGAAGUUCCGUCAUCGACUCUACCGCCCCUUCGUCUUUAUCCUCUACACAUCCAAUGA